AUGGAUGUCUACAACUUAACCACUGUCGCAGAGUUCAUCCUCCUAGGACUCUCUGACCUCCCUGAGGUGCGCUACACUCUCUUUGUGGUCUUUGCUGUCAUCUAUCAGGUCACGUUGGUGGGAAAUGGGGCCAUUCUCCUUGCCAUUGGGACUGAAAAAAAGCUCCACACACCUAUGUAUUAUUUUUUGGCAAAUCUGUCCCUUUUGGACAUGUUCUGCCCAUCAUCUACUGUCCCCAAGUUGCUCAAGAACCUCUUAACCCAGAAACAAAGCAUUUCUUUUCUUGGAUGUGCUUUGCAGCUCUUUCUCCUUGUGGCCCUGUUAGGGACUGAAGUCUUCCUUCUCACAGUCAUGGCCUAUGACAGGUACGUGGCCAUAUGUUUUCCCCUUCGUUACACCCUCAUCAUGACAAAGUGGCGUUGUGUCCAGCUCAUGGCCACUACCUGGGCAAUGGGGUUUCUGCACUCUGUACUGCACACAGUGUUCACAUUCCGUCUCUCAUUCUGUAAGUCUAAUCGAGUCAACCAGUACUACUGUGACAUCCCUCCAGUUGUGGCACUGUCCUGCUCCUCCACAUAUGUGGCAGAAAUGCUUGUCUUAGUGGUAGGAGGUACCUUAGGGAUCAGUGCCUUCCUGAUCACUGGUAUCUCUUAUAUCUACAUCAUAUCCACCAUCCUGAUGAUUAGAUCAGCAGAAGGGAAGCGUAAAGCCUUCUCCACAUGUGCUUCCCACCUCCUUGUGGUUUGUUUGUUCUACGGCACAGUGAUAAUUAACUAUGUCCGUCCCUCCUCCAGUCAUCACUCCUCAACCAGAGAUAGGCUUAUCUCAAUGGUAAAUGGGGUCAUUACCCCAAUGAUAAACCCAAUCAUCUAUAGCCUGAGAAACACAGACGUAAAAGUAGCACUUAGAAAUCUUUUAUUCCAUAAAACAUGUUUACAGCAAGUAUGA